UGCAAAAAGAAGGAGAAAAUGCAACAAUAGGGUCUGGGUACAUCGAGUCAGGCAAAUCAGUAGCAGGCAGUGUCCUGACACACAUUUAUGUCAGGAAAGUCCCUGAGCCCUGUAGUGUAGAUGAUGAUCUGAAUUCUUUAAAGCUGAGAGCGUUCAUAACUAGGGCUUAUUUCAAGACGAUCUCUGCUACAAUUACUUCUGCAUCUGUGCUCCCCUUGCUUUCCCCUUCCCCUUUAUAACCUCAAAUUUCCAGCUACAACUCCAAAGCCUUGUAGUGCUCUGGGAAAAGCUCUUUCCUGCCGGGCAUAGCAGUGACGGUGCCCAUGCAACCCGACAGCUUUGGGAUUGCCCCCAACACGAAGCUGCCAGCUCCCCGUCCCUUUCUCCCUUCCCAGUUGUCCCUUCCCCCUCUCCCGAAUAUUUCUCCAGCCCUGUCUCAUUGGUGCACUACUCUCCCUUGCCUUUUUUGGGCUGCCACCCUGUCAAUCUAAUGCAAUAAGGCCAGGGGCAGGUGCAAACCCCUUGCUCUGGCUCCUCUUACUGACCAAUCCUCGUCCCAAAAUACCCAAGAGCCAAUGGAGUGGGAAAAGCCGGGAUCCCGGGGAGAGGGAAGGAGGGCAAAGCUGUCGGAUUUCGAGGGGGAGGGGGCAUGCAUUUAGGACCCGGCUUCUCCCAGGAGCUGCGGAACAUUUGGAUUCCUCCGGGGAUCGUGGUGACUUGGGGAUAGCAGGGCUGCUCUGCUGAUUCACUGCCACACUGCCAGCAUGGUGAUCAAAGUCUUUGUGGCCACAUCCUCGGGGUCUACAGCGAUAAAAAAGAAACAGCAAGAAGUCGUGGGCUUUUUAGAGGCCAACAAGAUUGACUUUCAGCAAAUGGACAUAGCAGGAGAUGAGGACAAUAGGAAAUGGAUGAGAGAAAAUGUCCCAGGUGAAAAAAAGCCUCAAAAUGGAAUUCCUCUCCCUCCACAGAUCUUCAAUGAGGAGCGGUACUGUGGGGAUUUUGAAUCCUUUUUCUCUGCUAAGGAAGAAAAUAUUAUUUAUUCGUUCCUGGGCCUUGCUCCUCCUCCAGGCACAAAGGAGAGUGAAAAGUCUGAUGCCACAGAGAAGUCUGAUGCCACAGAGGAAAAAUCUGAUGCCACAGAGGAGAAGUCUGAUGCCACAGAGGAGAAAUCAGAAUCCACACAAGAUAAAUCUGAUUCCAAGGAUGAAAAAUCUGAUGCCACGAAUGAAACUGAGGCACACACAGAAGACAAGGCAGAUGAAGGGGCUGCUGAAGAGGCUCAGUCUGACCAGACACCUCCAGAAGGAGGUCAACAGGAAGGCAAGGAAGAACAUGCAACAACAGGGGAAGAAGAAAAGCAGGGAGAUGGAGAAGAAAAGGAAGAGGCGGAGGAGCAGGAAGAGUCUUAGAACAGUUCCCUAUGACACAAUAUUUCUUGAACAGGUUUUCAGGAAGCACCAGCUGGAGCCACCCCACCAAACAAAAGAAAAAUCCCUUUCUCAAGCAAAGCACCACUACCUUUUGUGCCUGUAUGAACAUAAAAACAAAACCAGAACACAGACACCACUCUGUCCCACCUGUAGCCUUUAUAUAUAUAUUUGGUAUUCCAGUUGCUUGUUAAAAUGGAUCUCAUGUCUGACAGAUGGUAUUUCAGUCAAUUGUUGUGUGUUGGGAUAGUUUUGUCCAUGUCACAUGUAGAUUGUGAGCUCUCCAGGGCAGGAACCGUGUCUCUCUCCAUGUCCAAACACUGCCAAGCACGUUGCUGCCACUCAGCAGCCAACUGCACUCACACCAGUGACGUCUUCAGAGGAAAAGAAAUUCAGCACCAAAAACUGCAAAGAGGCUUCCUGUACACCAGCCAUGUGAGUCACUUCUCCCUCAGCUGGCAUUUGAAAAUGAUUGAGAUUCCCAUUGUGCAGCAGUUUAAAUAAAUGUGUUUUCUGUCGUA